UUUUGCAUGAUUUUAAAGAGAAACACAUGAUUUUAAAGAGAAACAGUUUUUUUUCUUGUGUUCACAAACUAUCUAUAUAAAUAUUAUCUUAUUUUAUUGGAAUUGAGUUGAGGGAGAGAGAAAAAGUUCCGUUCGUUUGAAGUUGUGUUUGAAAAGUUUUGUUUUUGCUUCUUUUGUAUUUUCGUCGUCACUUUGACACCAAAUAAAAUUCAGUGCUGUGUUUUUAUUUUUCCGUUUUGAUAUCAGUGCUUAUUAUUACACGUAAUCAUAAGACAGCAACAACAAAAAAAGUUAUAGCCUCCUGAACUGAUUUGACAGAGAGAAAGAGAAACAAGAAUAUACAUCUUAUAGCAGAUUGUUUAUGUUGUCGAAGAACAACAACCACCACCUCUAAUCAAUCAGCAAGAGCAACUGCUUCAAGAAAUACUUCAACAACUGGGCACUCUCCCAAAGAUUGGAAAACUUGGAAAAUCGUUUUGAAGCUCAUGUUCAACAACAUCUUCCUCCUCCUCCUGAAAACUAGAGGAAAAUUUGACGAAAUACAAUCAAAACAGUGAAUGUGCUAGUGUUUUAAUUGAUUGGACGACAGUUUAACCAAAAGAUAAAUACGAAGAAAAAAAAAAACAAAGAAAAAGUACAUUAAUAUUGAUGGUGUUGUAGUGUCUUUGUCCAAACAUUUGUAAGACCACCAUCAUCAGUGCGAAAAUUAUGUUGUGAAGUGAACAUCCUAGUGAACAAGAGAGAAAUAGAACAUGAAUCGACAUUGUAUUCGUCGCAUUUAAAUAAUACGGGAUUAUUCGCGAGUAAUAUAUAAAAAAAUUAUAGCACAAGGCAACGAAUUGAAUACAUGCAAUAAAAUAGUGUAAUUUACGUUUGAACACCAAUUGAAGACAACAGAAAAAAAGGGAGAACACAUUAAAGCGCCAUAAAGAAAUACGGUUCGCCACAACGAUAGCCGAUCGAUAGGUUCAUUAUCUAUUUUUAAAAAAAUGAAACGCUUCACAUCAUGUUAGCGACGUUCAUUAGAUAAAUCAGACUGAUAUUUUAAUGCGAUGCAAAUAUUUACAAUCGAAAUGCUUCCAAACUUAUGCACACAUUGUGCGAAACACCAUUUGAAUAGACAAGAAAAACGGCAAGAGCCAGAAGGAAAUGGGAAAAACAUUGACACGAUAAAUAUCCAGAAAUCCAAUUGGCCGCUAUUCACAAGUGCACGUAAAAAACUGAACAAAAUUCGCGAUUUGCUACAAAACGAAUAUGAACAUUGCGGUGAGAAUGAUGCAAUGCAUUUAAUAAAUCGUAUGGCCUAUGAUAGCAACAACCACAACAACGAUCAACUUUUGCAACGCAAUACAAAUGCAAUGACCAAAACGCAGUCAAGCCACAUUGCUGAGUUGUCGAUUCGAAACGGUGCUUCAAUGUUAAUAGCGGAAUCUAGUAAAAUGAACGGUAUAAAUAAUGAUGUGAAUAGAUCAUUAUCAAAUGGUGCUUUUGAUGUUCAUCGACAUGGGCUAAGCGAGGAAAUGCAGCCAAACUCAUGGUUAGAUGAUCCGACAACAAAGCCUUCGGCAUGCAUGCCAUUGUCAACAUUGCGGUGCAGCCAGUGCGGUUGCUGUAUUGAUGAUAGUGACAGUACAGAAAGCUCAACACAACCAUCGAAACCAUUGGGCCGACCGAAUAGUUUUAGUUUAAACGUGCAUAAUGAAAAAAAUCCAUCUAGUUUUAGUGAAAAUGUUUAUCGUUCAGCUACCAAUUGUAGUAAUUUACGUGGAUGCGUCAAUGCGAAUGAAAUUGAUUCGUCUGAUUCGAGUUGUAGUAUUAGAAAACCUAGUGGUAAUUAUUUGAAUAAUCAUCGAAGAAGACAACAUGUCAGUCAUCAAUGGCCGUUUGCAAUAUCGUCUACAAUGAAUUUUUCACACGUGCUCUUAAUAUGUAUCACAUUCAUGGUGUUCAGUGUUAGAAAUGCAUUGGUCUUAGCCGAAACCAACAACACAAUCCAGACAGAAACAUCGGAAACCGGAAUAUGCAGCAGCAAAGACAUUCGAAACUCGGUGAGAAAUUUCAACCAAUUGAAAAACUGUCGUGUUAUUGAAGGCUUUCUGAUGAUCACACUUAUCGAUAAGUACAACGAAACCGAUUAUGAAGGUCUCACAUUUCCGGAAUUAACUGAAAUCACCGAAUUCUUAUUACUGUAUCGUGUUAAUGGUUUGACAUCACUGAGCCAAUUAUUUCCAAACCUACGUAUUAUCCGUGGCAAUACAUUAUUACAUGAUUCUGCAUUCAUCAUCUUUGAAAUGAUGCAUCUACAGGAAAUUGGUUUAAAAUCUCUGGUCAAAAUUUCACGGGGUAACGUUCGAAUUGCAAAGAAUCCGGUACUUUGUUUUGUCGAAACCGUUGAUUGGUCGUUGAUAACAUUGGAAGGGAAAUCAAAUAUCUUCUUAAAUAACAAAGCAACAAACGAAUGCGCAACAUGUCCUGGUAAAACUGAUAAAAACGAUAAAACUAUUAGCGAUCCAUCGAAAACCAAUUCGGAGCUUGUCUGCCCGGAUGGACCAAAUGGAAAGAAACUGUGCUGGAGUCGUCAAGAGUGUCAGACUUUUUGUGAUCCAAAAUGUGGAAAUUCAACUUGCAAUGCAAAAGGAGAGUGUUGUAAUGAUUCAUGUCUUGGUUGUUCAGACGAUGAUGUGAACGUCUGUUUAUCAUGUCGCUAUCUAAGCAUUGUCGAUAAAUCGGGUCGUCAAUGCGUUGAAAAAUGUCCGGCCACUAUGUAUGCUCACGAGUCCCGGCGUUGUGUGACCGCACCUGAAUGUCGUGCCAUUAAAAAGCCAGUGUUUUUAAAGUACGAUUUCAAUCUGUUAGACUUGCCCUACAUUCCACAUGACGGUAUAUGCCGAAUCGAUUGCCCAAGCAAUUUUUACCCCGAUGGUCUAUCUGGACAGCGAGUAUGCACCCAAUGCGUUGGAAGCUGUAAAAAAGAGUGUCCACCAGCAAAUAUCGAAAGCAUAUCAAGUGCACAACGGUACAAAGGUUGCACACAUAUCAACGGCCCAUUUACACUGAGCAUUCGAAAUCCGGGCGGACAUAAUGUUGUGCGUGAAUUGGAGACAUUUUUGUCCGAUAUUGAAGUGAUUGAAGGUCCUUUGUCAAUAGUUCGUUCUUAUCCGAUAUUGUCAUUGGGAUUUUUUAAAAAAUUGAGAAUUAUCAAAGGCGACAUCACCGGUAAAUUAAAAUAUGGCUUAAAAGUACUGGAAAAUCAAAAUCUUCAAGCACUUUUCACACAAAAUGUUACCGUCGAACGCGGACGCAUGUUUUUCCACUUCAAUCCGAAACUAUGCAUGAACAUUAUCCAAGAGUUUAAGGACAAUGUCACCGAAUUACGAAAUGUAUCCAUAUUGCCAAUCGAUGAAGUUGCCGCAAAUUCAAAUGGAGAUAAAACGGCUUGUAAUGUCACCGAAUUGAAUGUUCGCAUUACAACAAUCAGCUAUAGUGCUGUUGUUAUGGAACUAACACCACUCCCGUAUGAUGAUGAACGACAAUUGCUUGGAUAUUUGCUGCACUAUAUGCCAGCUCCAUACAAAAAUGUCACUAUGUAUGAUGGACGUGAUGCUUGCGGCGGUGACAGUUGGCAAAUAGAUGAUAUUAUUGAUAGUAAUCGCAAUUCAACACCAAUUACAAUUCUUGCGCCAAAUUUAAAGCCGUUCACACAAUAUGCGUACUUCAUUCGAACGUAUACAGUUGCAAGCGAACAAAAAGGUGGUCUGUCGCCAAUCCAAUACUUCCGAACCGCACCAUAUAAACCAGACGCUAUUACAAAACUGGCUGUCUCAGCAAAUGGUAGCUCUGAAAUUUCGAUCAAAUGGGCCCCACCAGUACAUGCAAAUGGCAAUUUAACAAAAUACAUCAUAAAAUGCACCAUGAAUCCAGAUAAUCCACAACUUUUAGAGUAUCGAAAUUACUGUGACGAACCGCUGGGACCCGAUCAAGCCCCUAUACCAAUUCCCAAGCCGAAUGAAGUAAUAAAUAAACCACCCAAAGAUAUAGAUUCGAUAUCAGAGUCGGGUUGUAGUUGUGAGGCCACUGAAGGCAAAACUGAUCGCAUCAAUUUCUCGAACGCUGAAGAAAACACCGAACAACUGAAUCAAUUUGAAGAUGAACUACACAACACUGUCUAUGUUCGACAAGAGAGUAUACGACAACGUCGUGAUCUAUCUGGACAAAGUUAUCCAAUUGAAAAUGAGCUUAUAACUUUAUCCAAAACUCGUUGGCGACACAGACGUUCAACGAACUCAACGCCGGUUAAUAGCAAUAUUUUUCCACCGGAUACGAAAAAUCCAGCGGAUCCGAAAACAAAUAAUGAUGAAACAAAUGAUAAAAUGGAUCCAACCGGCACCUAUUACAUAUAUGUCUACAGAGAAGUGAAUGCAUCGGUUUUCUCAUUGACUCUGGACAAACUCAAACAUUACUCGUACUAUUCGAUAACGGUGAAAGCGUGUCGCGAAGGAGAGGGUGACACUUGCGGCACUGAUAUGAUUGCUUAUCAACGUACCGGAAAAAUUGAAGAUGCCGAUGAUAUUACAAAUUUACGUGUUGAAAAGUUGCCCGCAUCAAAUCAUAGCACCGGAGUGCGUUUGUCAUGGGAUGAACCAAAAAAUCCAAAUGGAAUUAUUGUUAGCUAUAACAUUCGAUAUCAACGGAUGGAUAUUGAGCAUGGAAAACCGGUAGACUAUUGCAUACCGCAAAACUUAUAUCAUAAUCAAUCAAAAUCGCACACAAUACCGGACUUGGCAAACGGCAACUAUAGCUUUACUGUUCUGGCAAAUUCAUUGGCCGGUUCGAGUGGCCGUUGGUCGCAUCCCGUUUACGCCAAAGUAGAUGAGCCAGCCCUAUCCCCAGGAAUGAUUGCUCUCAUUUUGGUGUUGAUUUUACUUGUUGUGAGUGGCAUCGUUGCAUUGGCUUGGUUUUAUCGACGCAGAUACGGUCCGCCUGAUUCAGGUAUUAAAAUCAUUGCGUCAGUGAAUCCAGAGUAUGUUAGUAUGCAAUACACGCCAGACGAAUGGGAAAUUCCACGUGAUAAGAUUAUUCAAAUGAAAGAAUUGGGCCAAGGCUCAUUUGGCAUGGUAUAUGAAGGUGUUCUAGUAAGUUCGCAAGGAAAUGGUGAGCGUGUACGUUGUGCCAUCAAAACGGUCAAUGAAAAUGCAACCGAUCGUGAGCGCAUCAAUUUCCUGAAAGAGGCCGGUGUUAUGAAAGCAUUCGAUACACAUCACGUUGUUCGAUUGUUGGGUGUUGUAUCGCGUGGUCAACCGGUUUUGGUCAUUAUGGAAUUGAUGGUUAAUGGUGAUUUGAAAGGUUUCCUACGAUCGCAUCGGCCGGAUUCGUCCGGAUUACCGGAGUCUGGAAAUGAAGGUCAACCGCCAACGUUACGGCAAAUCUUACAAAUGGCCAUCGAAAUUGCUGACGGCAUGGCCUAUUUGUCUGCUAAAAAGUUUGUGCAUCGAGAUUUAGCCGCCCGAAAUUGCAUGGUUGCCGAAGAUUAUACGGUGAAAAUCGGUGAUUUUGGUAUGACUCGUGAUAUUUACGAGACAGACUAUUAUCGAAAAGGUACCAAAGGGCUGCUUCCAGUUCGAUGGAUGGCACCAGAAAGUUUAAAAGAUGGUGUAUUCUCAAGUUCAAGCGAUGUAUUCAGCUUUGGUAUUGUACUAUGGGAAAUGGCUACAUUAGCCUCACAACCAUAUCAAGGUUUAUCAAAUGACCAAGUAUUACGGUAUGUUAUCGACGGUGGUGUUAUGGAGCGACCAGAAAAUUGCCCCGAACGACUAUACUCGUUGAUGUGCCGAUGUUGGCAGCACCGACCGUCUGCCCGACCAACAUUUAUACAAAUAAUUACAAUGUUAUUAGAUGAAGCAAAGCCAAAUUUCCUAAAUGUUUCAUUCUAUGGCUCAUCAUCUGGUCAGGAAUUGCUUCAGCUACCACAACAUCAACUUUUGGAGGUGGUCGACGUUCGAACACCAUUGCGUGCUGAAGAGGAGAAUUUCAGCGUUGGUGUUGAUGAUGACGAUGAUGCAGAUCCAAAUAGUUUUCUUAUGGAAAACCGUAAUAUCAGCCGUGCAUCAGCUAGUGCCAGCGUUCCUUCGAACUCGCGAGCCGAAAAUAGCAGUACAAUACCAGAUAUAAGUAAAGCAGUUCCAAAAAAUUCGUCACAUCUACUGAAAAUGCCAUUGCUGUCAAAAGCAUCACAUCAACCAUCAUUUUCAUUUUUAAGUACAUUACUUCCAUCAAAAUCGCCCGCCACCAAUCCAGCAAAUGACCUUGCGUCGCACACUCAUUGCAAUAAUACGGAAUCACAGUCGCAAAUCGAGAAUGAAUCAACGGCCAUCAUAAUGCCGUCGCCGCCAUCGUCACAGAAUUUGUUUGGUCGCAACGGUAUCAAAACAAAUUUCAAUCAAUUUGCACGCAUAAAGUUCGGCGACAGUGUAAAUGUCAACAAUACAGGUGACAAAACUAAAAAUGAUUAUUGCAAUACUAGUAGUAGCGGUACUGGUGAUGCCAAAGCCUAUAAAUUAUUAAAUUCACUCAGCUAAAAACCAUGCGUUCAUCAACUACUAGCUUUACGUUUUUACGUUAAUCGAUAUUGUUUACUUUUUUUUUUAAAUAUAAAUUAAUAAUUUUGUUUAAAUGAUUCGGUGAAUUCUACCCAAAAAGAAAAACAAAACUAUUAGCAACAUUGAGAGCGCAACCCAAAACCAUACUAUUAUCUAUGUGUAAAUUUAAAUCUAAAAGUCAUAAAAAUUAUUUGACAUUGUUAAUUAUCAAAAGAAAAAAAAUUACUAUCAUCAUACAUGUAUAAGCAGCAUAAAGCAAGAAGCGAAGUAGAAAUAAUUAUUUAAAAAUGAGGUUCUAUAGCACAGUGAAGCAGUAAAAAAUUGAAAUGAGCAAAAAAUGAGCGUUCUAAAAGAAUACACUUCUUUGCAAAUUUGCUUUUGCUGCUUUGAUAAUAAAAAAUUAGUUCUAUUUAUGAAAUGCCCAUAUUGAAGCAUAUUUAGGUUAAAACAAGAAGACGAAAAUGAUACAACGCAUAUUAAAAAAAAGAAGAAGAUUUUUGUAACUGUAUAAAUAAUUGAGAACAGAGAAAAGCAUUUUUAUGGAUGGAGAAAUAGCAACUAUUUUUUAAAUGAAAUGAACAUUUAGGUUAUAAGAGAUAAUAAUAAUUGUUGUAAACCAUCGGUUUCAUUCAAACGCACUCAAACCUUGACCAAUCUAUAUGAGUUACAAAAAAAUUUGUAUUUCAAAGCUUCCAAACAUCAAAAACACUUUCAAACGAAUGAAAUCACAUUUUUCAUGAAAACGAUCAAUAGAUCAACAUACUAUCCCUCUAUGUCAUCAUUUUUAUAUGCUUGUUUAUGUCAAAUUUCCAAUUAAAAAAUAUUAUAAACAAAAUUGAUUUGAACUAAAUACAACUACUCACUUUACGUCAACUCCUUCUCCCAGCAAAAAAUAGAUAUUAACAAAAAAAAAAUGCAUUUAUUUAUGAAUUUAUACGAAACGAUGUUCAAUUAUUCAGAGACCGAUUUAAUUUCUCACUUUUAUUUCAAGCAGUCGAAGUUACUUUUCGUGGCACUAUAUGAUGCCAUUGCUCUUGAGUUUAAUCAUUGUUUUUAUUUCGAUAUUUGUUUUAAUUUUCUUCAGGGAUUGUUCCUCUGAGGAGGAGGAAUGGUGAGGAGGAAAAUGUUUUUAGCUAAAAAUGAUAUUUUAGUGAUAAAAAUGGCCCUUUGAGCAAAAAAAAACUUUUCCUCCUCACUUGAUGAGAAGGUGGAUCCUCCUCGCUCUCCUCCUCAUUUUCCUCCUCAGAGGAACAAUCCCUGAUUUUCUUUAAAUAAUACUUAAUUUAUUAAUUUUAAAACAAAUAUGCAGUUUUGGAUUCUAGUUUCGCCUCAAAUUAUGUUUUAUUUAGAAUCAACGUUUAAGACCAACCACCAAAAACUUAAAAUCCAAGAAAAGAAACAAUUUUCGUUUCACUUGGAAACGUUAAUUGAAUUGGCAUAAAAAUCCCAUACUAUUUUAAUUUCAAUGAAUGAAGCAGCAGUAAUCAAAACACAUAUACCAACGAAAAGUGAGUCAAUAGAUUUACAUUUGGAUCGUUUCGAUGUUAUUGUUUGCACUGCGAAAAUAUAAAAUGUGAAGAAUAAAAUCGAUUAAGUAUGAUGUAAGAUAGCCAAAAAAAAAAAAACGAAAAAAAUGCCAUUUGUCCAAAAUAAAUGUAAGUUUAGAGCAGGUUAUCGUGUGUAUUCGAAAAUGUUUUAAUUGACAAUUGAUGUUUGUCAAGACAAAUGCCGGCUUUAAACCCCUCCGCCACAAAAUAACACUUACAUGACACAUUGUUUCAAUUACACCAAACAAACCAUAGAUACAUUUUUUUAUAAAGAAAGAUAGAAAAACAAUCAACCAUUUCAUAUUUUAUAGUCAAAUCUCUUCUUAGGCAAAUUUAAUUCGUACCUUUUCUUAUUUCUAUUAUUUAACAAACAAAGUAUGCAAUUAUUAUAAAUGUUCAUUUUGUUUGAUGACAAAACAAACCAACAAAAAAAUCGAAGAAGUUUCUUAUGACUCUAAUCUAACUGCGCACAGUUUUAUUGAUUAAUAUUUAAUCACAUGCUACCCCACCGCUCGUUUAAUUUGACUUGAUUAACAGUUUUGUAAUGCAUAGAAAUGAACACAAGAACAACAACACUGAAUACAGAGACAUUCAGCAUUGAAAUUAAGAAAUGUGGCAUUUUAAUAGUGACAAAGUCAGAAUGCAGUAGCGAUUAAGUGUAAUUAGAGUUUUUUUUAUUAAGAAACGAUGAGAAAUGAGACAAAAAUAAAGAAACAUACAUACAAAUAACGAAGGAGAAUCGGUUUCCAAAACUAAUGUGUUCAGUAGAAAAGAAAUGCCAUUGUAUUAGAACAUAGAGAAAAAAACAUACAUUUUCGAAACACACGAAUCAAAUAUUAUUGAAUUGGAUUGGCGGACAGAUAACAGAUAUUAUCACAUACAGCGUAAAUAAAACAUUUACAACUCACUCAAAUAGGCACACAAAUACACAUAAAAACGCAAUGCAAAUACUAACAUCAAAAACGUUUCCCACCACGACACAUGAUACAACUACAAAAAUACACACAAACGAAUUCACAAAGUCAAAACAGUCGAAAAUCCACAAAAACAAACAAAUAGAUUUUAGUGUACAAAAAAUGAUUAAGAUCCGUUCUCUUUUUUUUAACUAUUCGUUAAGAUACAAACACAAAUUAAUUCCAUAGUAAACGAAACAAAAAAAUUUCAAUCUCAUCAUCGAAUAUCGACAAUUUUUGUUCUUGGUAUGAGUUUAGAUAAAUAAAGUAACCAAUUGCUCGAGCAAAGCCUAAUUAUAUUUUAUCCCAUCAUUGCUUUCAUUGUUCAAAAUGUUCAUCAAAUGUAUGCUUAAAAAUUUCAUACAAAUUGAAUGGAAAACUUUAAGUAAGAAUAUUCAACCAAA